AUGCCGGCCGCGUGCGCCCAGCCGAAGGCCGGCGGUUUCCUUCCCGGUAUCCCUGAAAAGCGAUACGUUCUUCCCCGCGUACUCUCUAAUGCUGAAGUGCGAUCCUUUGGUACCGAAGACCGGCCCACAGACAGACCUGCUCCUCCAAGGGAAGAAAUCUAUGAAUACAUUAUUUUUCGAGGAAGUGACAUCAAAGACAUCACUGUCUGUGAACCUCCGAAAGCUCAGCAUACCCUGCCACAGGAUCCUGCCAUUGUUCAGUCUUCACUGGGCUCUGCCUCUACAUCAUCCUUUCAGCCACAUGUGCCUUACAGCCCGUUUAGAGGUAUGCCACCUUACAGCCAACUUGCUGCCAGCUCUUUACUUAGCCAGCAGUACGCAGCUUCAUUAGGUUUAGAGAAAUUGGUAAGCCCUCCAGCAUCAGCAGCUGCUUCCAGUCCUAGUUCUUCUCCGUCUCCACAACCUGUUUCAGAGCCUGACAUGUCUUCAGAGCCCCAUCAGCUCUCUUCCAAGGGUGCUGGCUUCCCUUCAGUUCACCCCGUCCGCAAAAGCCCCAUGGUAGAGCAGGCUGUCCAGACCGGCCCCGUUGACAACAUCAAUUCACAGAAGCCACUUCCAGUGAAAGUAACUCCAGGGGUGCAACGCAACGGCCGGCAGGUUCCACCGAGCAGCACCAAGACAGCUGUAGAUACAGUUCCGGCAACGCCUGUACAGACCCAAGGGCAGGUGAAUGAUGAAAACAGAAGGCCUCAAAGGAGGAGAUCGGGAAACAGGGGAAACAGGAGAACCAGAAAUCGCUCUAGAGGACAAAACAGACCAACUACUGUGAAGGAAAAUACAAUAAAGUUUGAAGGUGACUUCGACUUUGAAAGUGCAAAUGCACAAUUCAACAGAGAGGAACUUGAUAAAGAAUUCAAGAAGAAACUAAACUUUAAAGAUGACAAAGCGGAGACAGAGGAAGAGAAAGGGGACCCUGGAGUGGCAACUCAAAACAAUGAUGGCAAUGCAGAGGAGGACCUUCUGGGACCCAACUGCUAUUAUGAUAAAUCCAAGUCUUUCUUUGACAACAUCUCCUCAGAACUGAAGUCUAGGUGA